AUGAACAAAUCCAAUGACCUUACCGAUCGCCCCAAGGAUGGACCUUGCGACACCAGAGCCGAACAACAGGGCUCACAAACCCUGAAGCGGAAGAGGACUGAUCAGCACGUUCAACCAGAGAAACGACCGAAAAGUUCUCAGAAUGCCCGUCCUGGAAGACCUUCCCUGAAGUGGAGUCCAAAACAGGAGCGAGCUCUCGUUCGGCUCAUACUGGACACGAACUGCCCAAUUCAGAAGAUACCAUCUUUACUCAAGGACGAAGUAAAUGGGUUUGUACCCAGUCAGUAUCACUGUCGAACGAAAUUUAAAGAAUUGACCGGGGCCAAUCAAAAGGAUUUCAGGUUAAAAGACGAAAACAAAAUUGAACUCCGACGUAAGAGAAGCUUACGGGCAUAUCAACGCUACUUGGAAACGAUUGGAAAGAAGAGUCACGAUUUGCUACAGUCUUCCAAUUCGCCUUUAUCUUCCACCUUCGUCAACCCGCUUCACGGUUGUACUGAUCUGGACACUACCGAGGACACGGCAGAGACAGAUGUAACCAUAUGCCCAAGUCCUGUUGAAAACAACGCAGCGGACCUACAAUACUCAGAUGGCUAUAUUGCAUGGCUUGCCGAAGACUUCUUAGCACCAUCUCCCAGCCUUUGCGAUACUGGAGGGAGCGCCAUUGCCAGAUUUUCUGGCAACAAUAGAACUGAAAUUUUAGUCAAAGGCUUUCCGUUAAAAACAUCAAAAUCAAACAGGACAAUUCACUCCUCUGCAAUAAAGCUACUACAGUCGGUAGGAUCGCAGGAUCGAACAACUCAACCAAGGAUAACCGAGGAGACCAUUUGCGCUCAUUUAACAGCCCUGUUGAAGGAAGACGACACCGUAAUACAUGCCCAAACACUACUGAGCCAGACGUUACUCCACCUCGCCGCAGAAUCCGCAAACGUAUCGGCUUGUCAAGUGCUACUCGACCACCAUAUCGAUGUGUACGCUAUGGACUGUUUUAACAAGGGUGCCAUAGAAUACGCAAAGUAUAUGGCAAAGAAACGGAAAUCAGACACAAGUUUUUUUGCUCGAAUCAGGAUCUGUAUUGCCAUGAUCCGCGCAUACCCUCAACACUCCACGAUUCAGAAGAGAAGAAAUCACGAUGGCGGAGCAAUUGACGGUGCUAACGAGGAGAAAUCCGGUGUCCCACCAACGUACAUGUCACAAUUCAGUGUUCUUGAGAAAAAUUCUCCGACUGAAUCGGUAUCAAGUGCCUCGCAGACAACGACUUGGUGUCCAAUGCCAGACAUACAUAUGGAAACUUUGCAGCCUCGCAGUGAUGUUCAAAGUCGACAGCUCCCAGGCCAGGCUCCAGAGUUGCAAAAUAUCAUGGAUCAGACAGCCCCGGACCUUGGAACUAUCCAGGAAAGGAUGGAGUCAAUGCCGGUUAAUCUCGAAGAUACAAUUCCUAUAGAUGUACAUACCAGAAUAAACGACUUCGGCGAGGAUUUGUUCAGGUUAAGUUUACCAGAGAGUUCUACCACAGCAGCUGUUCCUCCUGCAUGUUCAAAUACAAACUGCGACGCUUUUGGAGUUCCCCACUGCGACUUGUUUUCCUGUGUGCAGUGGGAUGACCCCACUUUGCUCGAUUCGGCAACGAAAUCAAACGUACCUUUAGAUUCACUCAGACGGCCCCAAGUAGAAGGACCAGGCCUGAAUAUUGACGACUUCAACUUCUUAGUCUAUCUUCACGACUGGUGA